AGGUUUCCUUUCGUGAGAAGACGUCAUGAUUCAACAAGAAAAUCGACCAGAACUGUACGAAGAAGUUAAACUUUACAGAACUGCAAGAGAGAGAGAGAAGUAUGAUAAUAUGGCAGAUUUGUAUUCUGUUAUAAACACUCUGCAGUGUUUGGAAAAAGCAUAUAUUAAAGAUUGUGUUACACCAAAAGAGUAUACUGCUGCUUGUUCCAAGCUUCUUGUACAAUAUAAAGCUGCAUUCAAACAAGUUCAAAGUGAAGAAUUUCCAACUGUUGAAGUAUUCAUGAAAAAAUUUCGACUAGAUUGUCCUGCAGCUAUACAACGCAUAAAGGAAGAUCGGCCUAUCACGAUAAAAGAUGAUAAAGGCAACACUAGCAAAUGCAUAGCAGAUAUUGUAUCUCUUUUCAUCACAAUUUUGGAUAAAUUACGUUUGGAAAUGAAGUCAAUGGAUGAGACUGUUGGAGCAAUUUUAUAAAAAGUAAGCUUGAACAUUCGAUUAUGUCAAAAAGAGUU